AUGAACGCCCUCCGAUGCAUGAGACCUGUGGCCGCUCGAGUGCCCUUCCAGCCAUCCACUCUUCCCCGAAUUGCUCGGGCAUACAGCUCAAAGAGCUAUGAGUUCAUUCAGGUUUCUCAGCCGAAGCCCGGCGUUGGCCAAGUGACGUUGAACCGCCCCAAGGCUCUCAACGCUCUGUGCACACCUCUCAUCAAGGAGCUCAACGAAGCUCUCCUCGACUUCAAUGCCGCCAGUGAUACUUCAGUCAUUAUCCUGACCGGUUCCGAGAGGGCCUUUGCUGCCGGUGCUGAUAUCAAGGAGAUGGCCCCGCUCACCUUUGCUGAAGCUUACACCAACUCUUUCAUCGAGUCCUGGUCCGACCUCACCACCCAGGUCAAGAAGCCCAUUAUCGCCGCCGUGUCCGGGCAUGCCCUCGGUGGCGGCUGCGAGCUUGCCAUGAUGUGUGACCUCAUCUACUGCACCGAGACCGCCAACUUUGGCCAGCCUGAGAUCAAGCUCGGCACCAUCCCCGGAGCCGGCGGCAGCCAGCGUCUGACCCGUGCCAUCGGCAAGUCCAAGGCCAUGGAACUCAUCCUGACCGGCAAGUCCUUCUCCGGAGCCGACGCGGAGAAGUGGGGUCUCGCCGCCAGGACGUUCCCUACCCACGAGGCCCUGAUGGAGGGCACGCUGAAGCUGGCCGAGACCAUCGCCGGCUACUCCAAGGUUGCCGUCGUGGCGGCCAAGGAGGUGGUCAACAAGAGCCAGGACCUGCCGCUGAGGGAUGGCGUCGAGUACGAGCGCCGAGUGUUCCACAGCCUGUUUGGUAGCCAGGACCAAAAGAUUGGCAUGAAGGCGUUUGCCGAGAAGAAGAAGGCCGAGUGGACUCACUCAUGA